AUGGACUUCAAUCUGGAUUUUGCUGAGGCUGCCGAUAUUUUGGGAAUAUUUCCCUAUCUUCACACAGCAGGGCCCUUGUUUGUUAGGCCUUUAGUUCGUGUUUUGGCUGAAAGAGGCCAUAGGGUGACGGUUAUUUCCCCCGAAAAAACCCCAACCAACAUAAAAGGUGUUCGCCAUCUUCGAGUCCCUGAGCUGAAUCGCCAGCUUCAGAAAAUAAUGGAUUCGGAUAACUACAUGCAUCAUUUUUCUUCCAAAUGGGCGAAAAGCAUUUUGGCGGCAUCUAUGCUCGCCAACAUAUCGACUGCCCUUCUGACUGACGAUGGCGUGCAGAAAAUGAUGAAAGACGGCAGUGAACGGUUUGACAUGGUCAUGAUAGAGGCGAGUCACCUGGAAGCCAUGUACGGCCUGGCGGAGUAUUACAACGCCACCCUCAUGGGCAUCGCCAGCAUGCGCCUCAAUUGGCAUGUUGACGACCUGGCGGGAAAUCCCUCACCAAGUAUCCACGAUUCCAUCUCACUGGAGGGCCCUUCCUUAAAGUACUCGCUGCUAGGUCGUUUCUACAACUGGUUGGAUACAACCGAAGAGUUUUUGCUGGAGCGGUUGGUCGUCCGACCUGCCCAGCUGCAUAUCUUUGAAAGGUUUUUCGGAUACUCGGCCGAGAAACUGGAGGAGCUCCGCUCCAGGUUUGCGUUAGUCCUGAUUAACACCCACUUUAGCAUGGGUCGGGUAAGAGCCAAUGUGCCAAAUAUCAUUGAGGUUGGAGGCAUGCAUCUCAGCGAUCCACCGGAGCCCUGUGACGAGGAGAUGCAACGCUUUUUAGACGAAGCGGAGCACGGAGUCAUUUACUUCUCAAUGGGCCUAGAGAUCCGCUUCAAGUAUCUCCCGGAUUACAUGCAACAGCCGUUGCUCCAGCGCUUUGCUGAACUAAAGCAAAGGGUGGUGUGGAAGAACGAACUUUUCACGACGCCCAAUAAAACGGACAACGUGUACAGGAUAGUGAGGGCACCUCAGCGGAUUAUUCUGUCCCAUCCAAACACCAGGUUGUUUAUUACCCAUGGCGGCUUACUGAGUGUCAUCGAGGCCAUAAACGGCGGAGUUCCCAUGCUGGGGUUGCCAUUAUUUUUCGAUCAGUUCAAUAACAUGCAACGCGUGGAGGCGGCGGGAAUGGCAAAGGUCCUGGACUGGAACACUCUGAGUGUGGAUACUCUCAUCAACACCGUUCACGAAAUUAUCGAACAGCCAAAAUAUGCUCAGAAGGCCAGAGAAAUGGCCUACAACUUUAGGGAUCGUCCUAUGAACCCUUUGGACACGGCAGUCUGGUGGACUGAAUAUGCCCUGCGACACAGGAACGCCAGCCACAUGAGGCUUAAUAAGAGUGAAUUACCAUUCAUGGCAUACUACCAACUGGAUAACCUGCUUCCUCUUCUUCUGCGAGUCGCGAUGAUCCUCAUGGCGGUGCUAUUUCUAGGCUAUAAAUUAUUGGAAAAACAGCGAUUUCGACAGAGACGACAGCAAGAAAGAAAUUUGUUGAUGAUGCAGCAGAUUAUGUUUCGAUAACUCUGCUCCCCCAUGAUAUUUUAGUGAA